CGCGGGGGCGGGGCUAGGGAAAGACCCGCGCCAGCGGGCGUGUGGCCGCGGGUUUCGCACGGCCCAAUGAGGGAGGGCGGCGUGGCCCGGCCUGGUAGCGACGAGAACGCGCCUGCGCAGAGGCGGCAGCACCACCGGGGUUGACUCCGGGGGCGCGGCGAGGAGAGACAUGAGGCUGAGCUGGGUCCAGGUCCUGACAGUACUGUCCAUCUGCCUGAGCGCCGUGGCCACGGCCACGGGGGCCGAGGGCAAAAGGAAGCUGCAGAUCGGGGUCAAGAAGCGGGUGGACCACUGUCCCAUCAAAUCGCGCAAAGGGGAUGUCCUGCACAUGCACUACACGGGGAAGCUGGAAGAUGGGACAGAGUUUGACAGCAGCCUGCCCCAGAACCAGCCCUUUGUCUUCUCCCUUGGCACAGGCCAGGUCAUCAAGGGCUGGGACCAGGGGCUGCUGGGGAUGUGUGAGGGGGAAAAGCGCAAGCUGGUGAUCCCAUCUGAGCUGGGGUAUGGAGAGCGGGGAGCUCCCCCAAAGAUUCCAGGCGGUGCAACCCUGGUGUUCGAGGUGGAGCUGCUCAAAAUCGAGCGACGAUCUGAGCUGUAACCAGACUGGGGAGGGGCAGGGGGAGAGGCCCCCAUCAGGGACCAGACUGUUCCAAAAAGAAACCAACCAAAAAACAAAAACAAACAAAAAAAACCACUUAAAAGCCCAA